AUGUGCCGGAUAGUGGGAGCGCCGCGGACCCUGCUGCCGCUGCUGGCGGCCCUGCUUCAGGCUUCCGUGGAGGCUUCUGGGGAGAUCGCGUUAUGCAAGACUGGAUUUCCUGAAGAUGUUUACAGUGCAGUCUUGUCCCGGGAUGUGCUGGAAGGACAGCCCCUUCUCAAUGUGAAGUUUAGCAACUGCAAUGGGAAAAGAAAAGUACAGUAUGAGAGCAGUGAGCCAGCAGAUUUUAAGGUGGAUGAAGAUGGCAUGGUGUAUGCUGUGAGAAGCUUCCCCCUCUCCUCUGAACACUCGAAGUUCCUGAUAUACGCUCAAGACAAAGAGACUCAGGAAAAGUGGCAAGUAGCAGUAAAACUGAGCCUCAAACCAGCCUUACCUGAGGAUUCAGUGAAGGAAUCACGAGAAAUAGAAGAAAUCGUAUUCCCAAGACAAUUGACUAAGCACAGUGGCUACCUGCAGAGGCAGAAGAGAGACUGGGUUAUCCCUCCCAUCAACUUGCCAGAAAACUCCAGAGGGCCUUUUCCCCAAGAGCUCGUCAGGAUCAGAUCCGAUAGAGAUAAAAACCUUUCUCUGCGGUACAGCGUAACUGGGCCAGGAGCUGACCAGCCUCCAACUGGUAUCUUCAUUAUCAACCCCAUCUCAGGUCAGCUGUCAGUAACCAAGCCUCUGGAUCGCGAGCUGAUAGCCCGGUUUCAUUUGAGGGCACAUGCAGUGGAUAUUAACGGAAACCAAGUGGAAAAUCCCAUCGACAUUGUCAUCAAUGUUAUUGACAUGAAUGAUAACAGACCCGAGUUCUUACAUCAGGUUUGGAAUGGGACAGUUCCUGAGGGAUCGAAGCCAGGAACAUAUGUGAUGACAGUCACUGCGAUUGAUGCUGACGAUCCAAAUGCCCUCAAUGGGAUGUUGAGGUACAGAAUCCUGUCCCAGGCGCCAAGCACCCCUUCGCCCAACAUGUUUACAAUCAACAAUGAGACUGGGGACAUUAUCACGGUGGCAGCCGGACUUGACAGAGAAAAAGUGCAGCAGUAUACGUUAAUAAUUCAAGCUACAGACAUGGAAGGCAAUCCCACAUAUGGCCUUUCCAACACAGCCACGGCUGUCAUCACGGUGACAGAUGUCAACGACAAUCCUCCGGAGUUCACUGCCAUGACAUUCUAUGGUGAAGUCCCUGAAAACAGGGUAGAUGUCAUAGUCGCUAAUCUAACGGUGACAGAUAAGGAUCAGCCCCACACGCCAGCCUGGAACGCUGUCUACAGAAUCAGUGGAGGAGACCCCGCUGGCCGCUUUGCCAUUCAAACUGACCCCAACAGCAACGACGGCUUAGUCACCGUAGUAAAACCAAUCGACUUUGAAACAAAUAGGAUGUAUGUCCUUACUGUUGCUGCAGAAAAUCAAGUGCCAUUAGCCAAGGGUAUUCAGCAUCCACCUCAGUCUACUGCGACUGUGUCUGUCACAGUUAUCGAUGUGAAUGAAAAUCCUUAUUUUGCCCCAAAUCCAAAGAUCAUUCGCCAAGAAGAAGGCCUUCACGCCGGUACCAUGUUAACAACAUUUACUGCUCAGGACCCAGAUCGAUAUAUGCAGCAAAACAUUAGAUACACAAAAUUAUCCGAUCCUGCAAACUGGCUAAAAAUAGACUCUGUGAACGGGCAGAUAACUACCAUUGCUGUUUUGGACAGAGAAUCACCGAAUGUGAAAAACAAUAUAUACAAUGCUACUUUCCUUGCUUCUGACAAUGGAAUUCCUCCUAUGAGUGGAACGGGAACACUGCAGAUCUAUUUACUUGAUAUUAAUGACAAUGCCCCUCAAGUGUUACCUCAAGAGGCAGAGAUUUGUGAAACUCCGGACCCCAAUUCAAUUAACAUCACAGCACUUGAUUAUGACAUUGAUCCGAAUGCUGGACCGUUUGCUUUUGAUCUUCCUUUGUCUCCAGUGACUAUUAAGAGGAAUUGGACCAUCACUCGGCUUAAUGGUGAUUUUGCUCAGCUUAACUUAAAGAUAAAAUUUCUUGAGGCUGGGAUCUACGAAGUUCCAAUCAUAAUCACAGAUUCGGGUAAUCCUCCCAAAUCGAAUAUCUCCAUCCUUCGGGUGAAGGUUUGCCAGUGUGAUUCCAACGGGGACUGCACGGAUGUGGAUAGGAUAGUGGGAGCGGGGCUGGGCACCGGUGCCAUCAUCGCCAUCCUGCUUUGCAUCAUCAUCCUACUCAUUCUCGUUCUGAUGUUCGUGGUAUGGAUGAAACGCCGGGAUAAAGAACGCCAGGCCAAACAACUUUUAAUUGAUCCAGAAGAUGAUGUAAGAGAUAAUAUUUUAAAAUAUGAUGAAGAAGGUGGAGGAGAAGAAGACCAGGACUACGAUCUGAGCCAGCUCCAGCAGCCUGAUACGGUGGAGCCGGAUGCCAUCAAGCCAGUUGGAAUCCGACGGUUGGAUGAGAGGCCCAUCCACGCAGAGCCCCAGUACCCGGUUCGAUCUGCAGCCCCGCACCCGGGGGACAUCGGGGACUUCAUUAAUGAGGGCCUUAAAGCUGCUGACAACGAUCCCACCGCUCCACCCUACGACUCCCUCUUAGUCUUUGACUAUGAAGGCAGUGGUUCCACGGCUGGGUCCUUGAGCUCCCUUAAUUCCUCCAGUAGUGGAGGUGAGCAGGACUAUGACUAUCUGAACGACUGGGGGCCCCGCUUCAAGAAACUCGCUGACAUGUACGGUGGAGGUGACGACUGA